ACAAACUCGGCGAGGGCGUGGCCCACUCCAGGCCAAGCGGCAAAUCGACGCGGAUGGAUAGGUGGGUCCCAAAUCUUGGCGAUACAAACGAAAUAGGAUGGAGAAAGAAAAAAAAAACGUUGCCAAAAAGGGCUAGACUUUAACGGCUAUUUUUAUAUUUUUCUCCUAUUUCCUUGCGAAACAAGUCUAUUUUUGCCCUAUAAAGGCCCCCCUCGCCUCAUGCAAUUCUCGCCCGCUCCCCGACCUCCGCCUUUUAUUUCCUGCUGGAGCCAUCCCGCCACUAGGUUUCCCUCCCUCCUCCGCCGCCUGCCUCUAGGGUUCCGCUUCCUCCGCCGCCGGAGUUAGAUAUCCUUUCUGUUCUGUUCUCUGUUUUGUUUUCCUUUUCUUUCUUCCCUUCUCCUGGAGAGAGAUCGAAGAAGCAAUCCUCCCUUUCUCCUAGAUCGUCCGUUCUUUCGUCUCAGAUCUGUGAUCCCGGCCAGAUCCACGGCGGUUGGUCUCCCAGAUCCUACAAGUCCUCUCCUCUUUCUUCCCCAUUUUUUGAUCGCUGUUUUUGUUUUCUCCGUCUUCUGAAGGUCCGGGCGUGGGGAUAUCCGGCGACUCUAAAGCCGAGCUAGAGUUUUUCUCCUCUGUUCAACUCUCUCCUGCCUCGUUUGGGGGGGUAGCCGGGGCUCCGGCCUCGGCGGCUAUCAGAGCCCCCUUCUUCAAAUCUGAUAAAAAUUUAGCGUUUUUUUCUUCCAUUUUUCCUGCGAUCGGGAAGAGAUGCCGGCCCUGGCCUGCGUAGACGCUGCAGUCCCCCCUCCUGGCUACGGCCUCGCCUGGGAUGGCUGUCUUCCUGCGCCGGGAACAUUUCCCGGCGGCGCUUCGACCGCUGUGACGGCGGACCUCGAACACCUCUCCCCUUGGUCCCCCGACCUCUCCGCCGCCCUCUACAAGAUCGACGGCUGGGGCGCCCCCUACUUCACCGUGAACGCCGCCGGCAACAUCGCCGUCCGACCUUACGGGCCCGUCACCCUCCCCCACCAGGAGAUCGACCUGAUGAAGGUCGUCCGGAAGGCCUCCGACCCGAAAUCCGCCGGCGGCCUUGGCCUCCAGCUCCCCCUUAUUGUCCGCCUCCCCGACGUUCUCCGCCACCGCCUCGAGUCCCUCCACUCCGCCUUCGACUUCGCCAUCCGGUCCUCCGGCUACGGAGCCCACUACCAGGGCGUCUACCCGGUCAAGUGCAACCAGGACCGGUUCAUCGUGGAGGACGUCGUCGAGUUCGGCUCCCCCUUCCGUUUCGGCCUCGAGGCCGGAUCCAAGCCGGAGCUCCUCCUCGCCAUGAGCUGCCUAGCGCGGGGCAGCCCCGAGGCCUUCCUUAUCUGCAACGGCUACAAGGACGAGGAGUACGUCGCCCUGGCCCUCCUCGCCCGGACCCUGGAUCUGAACGCGGUGAUCGUCCUCGAGCAGGAGGAAGAGCUCGACACUGUUGUGGAGACCAGCCGGAGGCUCGGAAUCCGGCCGGUGAUCGGCCUCCGGGCGAAGCUCCGGACCCGGCACUCCGGCCACUUCGGGUCGACCUCCGGCGAGAAGGGAAAGUUCGGCCUGACGACGGCCCAUAUCCUCUCGGUGGCCCGGAAGCUCCAGCGGCUCGAGAUGCUCGACUGCCUCCAGAUCCUCCACUUCCACCUCGGAUCGCAGAUCCCUUCCACCACCCUCCUGGCGGACGGCGUCAGCGAGGCCGCCCAUAUCUACUGCGAGCUGGCGCGGCUGGGGGCGGCGAUGCGCGUGAUCGACGUGGGGGGCGGCCUCGGCAUCGACUACGACGGCUCCCACUCCAGCGGCUCGGACAUGUCCGUCGGAUACAGCCUCGACGAGUACGCCGACGCCGUGAUCCAGGCGGUCCAAUACGCGUGCGACCGGAAGGGCGUGCGCCACCCCAUACUCUGCAGUGAGAGCGGUCGCGCCCUGGUGUCCCACCACUCAGUCCUCGUCUUCGAGGCCGUGUCGUCCACCACUGCGGCUGCGGUCGACCCGGCCGCCGCCCUCGGGGCCGGCCCGGCCUACUUCCUCGAUGAGUUGCCCGACGACGCGCGCGGCGAUUACAGGGAUCUGAUAGCGGCCGCCUUCCAGGCCGAGUGCGACAAGUCCCUGAUUUACAUGGACCAGCUGAAGAGGAAAUGUGUCGAGCAGUUCAAGGACGGCGUGCUGGGGAUCGAACACCUGGCGGCGGUGGACGGGCUCUGCGAGCUGGUGGCGAACGAGAUCGGGGCGGCUAAUCCGGUCAAGACGUACCAUGUGAAUCUCUCGUUCUUCACCUCGAUGCCGGAUUUCUGGGCGAUCGGGCAGCUGUUCCCCAUCGUACCGAUCCACCGGCUCGACCAGCGGCCACGCGUGGAGGGGGUGCUGUCGGACCUGACCUGCGACAGCGACGGCAAGGCAGACCGCUUCAUCGGGGGGCGACCAAGCCUCCCGCUGCACGAGUUCGGCGGCGGCCGCGGCGGCCGCGGUAGCGGUAAGGAGGGGGGUUACUACCUGGGGAUGUUUAUGGGCGGGGCUUACCAGGAGGCGCUCGGGGGGCUGCACAACCUGUUCGGGGGGCCGAGCGUUGUGCGGGUGACGCAGAGCGACGGGCCGCACUGCUUCGCGGUGACGCAGGCGGUGCAGGGGCCGUCGUGCGCGGACGUCCUGCGAUCGAUGCAGCACGAGCCCGAGCUCAUGUUCGAGGCGCUCAAGAUGCGGGCCGAGGAGUCCGGCGCUCGGGAGGGGGGAGGAACGCCGGAGCCGUGGGCUACUGCCCUUGCCCGCGCCUUCCACUCCAUGCCGUACCUCGUCGUCGGUGGUGACUCCGGCGGGGAUGGGAUGAGCAGCGACUCGGAGGUGUCCGCCGGAGGUACGGAGGUCGGCGACGAUGGUAGCUACGAGGAGUGGGAGUUUAUGAGGCGCCUGAGCAUGUGAAGGGGUGUAUUGGACGGAGUUGGAGAUCCGUUUGUCGUGUGUCGUUGGAGUGCGUCGCAGUAUUCUUUUUUUCAUGGACCGGGAAUCCAGAGUCAUUUUCCUUGCUUUCAAAAUGUUCGUUCCAUUGCCUUCAAAAGAAAAUCUCGUAAAAAAAGUAUGAGAGCUGAUCUCUGGGGGAAUAUGAAUCCAAAAUUAUCAUAAAUUUUUUUAAAUAAAUUAUGAAGCCGUUAAUAUCUGCUUCAAAUUUUAAA